AUGGACUCGGACGCCCUCGUGGCGUUCCUAAGAGACCUCACCGUCGGCAAGGUCCUGGCCGCUGGCAGUGCCGCCUACCUGGCUUUCCACCUCCUCAAGGCCCUCUACAACAUCUCGCCGCUGCAUCCUUUGAGCAAGAUCCCUGGCCCGAAGCUCGCUGGUGCCACCUACCUGCCCGAGUUCUACUACGAUGCCAUCCUCGGUGGCCGCUACACCCAUGCAAUCAAGAGCAUGCACGACAAAUACGGUCCAAUUGUCCGCAUAAGCCCCGACGAGACGCACUGCAUUGACCCAAAGUUCGCAGACGAGAUCUUCCCUCUCGGAGGCAGGAAGAGGGACAAGCCCAUUCACCAGACCAGAGGCAAUGGUGCCGAUGCCCAGAGUGUCUUCACAACUUUUGACCAUGACUUGCACCGCAUCCGCCGUGUGCCUAUUGCAAAGUUCUUCUCCAAUGCAAUGAUCGAGCGGCUGGAGGGUGAAAUCGUGGAGAAUGUGAACAAGCUCACGUCCAAGAUGCUGGCCGAAGCCGGCCGAGGCCCGUUUGACGUUGCCAUGGCUUACAGCUGCUUUACUGCAGACACCAUCUCCAGCUAUUGUUUUGGCGAGCCUUUUGGUCUCCUUGAUCAAGAAGGCUGGACACCCAACUUUCGCGAGGCGACACUGGCUGUACUCAAGCCUGUGUUCUGGUUCCGCUUCUUCCCGUCGCUUUCCAGGCUCGCUAUGCUAGGUGAACACUUUGUCGACUACUUGCCUGCCGAGCCUGCUCUUCUUGUCCGUACCAUGACCAUUACCAUUCCAGGCUACGUCCACAAGGCACGCAGGGAACUCAAUGCUGGUAUCCAGUACGACAGACCAACCAUCUUUGCCGAUUUGCUGCGGUCAGACCUCGAGGACAGCGAAAAGACGACGAAGAUGCUUACAGACAACGCAAUGGCCAUUGUCGGUGCCGGCACAGAAACGACAAGCUGGGCUUUGGCAGUCAUCACCUAUCACCUGCUGACCAAGCCGGAUCUGAUGGCAAGACUACACAAAGAGGUCGACGGCCUCGUCAAGGACCCGCUCAAGCUGCCAGACUGGAAGACCCUUGAGGAGCUUCCGUUCUUCACGGCAGUCAUCCAGGAAGGUCUGCGCUUGUCAUAUGGGGUGUCCGCACGGACAGCGAGAGAACCGAGCCAGGAAGAUCUGGUGUACCGCGGAGAGUUCAACAAUAAGCCUGUUGUCCAUGUCCUGCCACGACACUACGCGAUCGGCAUGUCCUCGGUACUUUCACACCACGACGAGAAUAUCUUCCCAGACUCUUACAGCUUCAGCCCGGAUCGCUGGCUGCUGGAAAACGGCCAGCGCAACAGAGAGCUUGAGAAGGGCAAUUUUGCGUUUGCUAAGGGGAGCAGAGGCUGUCUCGGCAAGAACCUUGCUCUUUGUGAGCUGAAUCUGGUCCUGGCCGCCCUAACCCUGCGUGUGUUCCCUCGCAUGAAGCUCUAUCAAACCACAGAGCGCGACGUGCUGUACGACCACGACAUGUUCAUCCCGGUUGUCGCACCUGGCUCCAAGGGUGUACGCGUCACAAUCGAGUAG